AUGGCCGAGGAGAAAAAAGAAGUCGACCAAGCGUAUAGAUGGCGCUGUCUCUCCUUGUUCCUGUUGCUGACGUCAUUGAUAUUCCUGAUCGUAAUUGUGUAUUUGGCGUCUGUGAUCAUCAAAACCGACACGCCUGAAUCUUCAUCAGAGGAACAUGGAAUGACCCGCCUGGGCGAGCCGACUGAACCAUCUGUGUUUUAUGACCUGACAGCCACUGAGAUCCGCGGUCUUGUUUCUUACUUAAAACAGGAGGAGUCCCUCAACAUCACCAGUCCUCCCUCCAACACGAUUGACACCAACUACCGCUACCUUGCAGAGCUAUAUCUGCCCUCUAAGGACGACGUACUGAAAUAUUUAGAUGGUGGCGGAAAACAGCCGGCUAGGGAGGCAAUUGUGACUAUAUUUAGAGGUGCUGAAGACCCUCCUGACGUCAUCGAAAGAAUUGUUGGUCCUCUUCCAAGUCCGACCUAUAUGAAAGAAGUUCCUGGCCGGCCAUCAUCGGUUCCAUUUAUACUACGACCUAUUAAUAUGGCGGAAAACAAGGAGGCAAUUGCAUUUGCAGAACAAGAAAUCGACACAGGACUCAGGGACUAUCUACGGACGUUUUUUGGCGGGACUUUAAGGAACUGUGGUUCCGAAUGUCUCAUUCUAACAUACUUCUCAACAAUGUCACCGACAGUUAGUGGAGAGCAAACUCGGAAGUUUUGGUUCUGGCUGAGCCGGAACAAAGAGAAUUAUUUGCUAAACAAUUUGGAUUUCUCAGUUUUGGUUAAUACUGGGAGCCGUGAUUUCACUAUUGAAAAAAUAUGGUUCAGUGGUACAACCUACGACGGGAUAGAAGAUUUCAAAUCUCGUGUGUUCCUAAAUAUAACGAGAACACCCUGGCCUGACCCACAUCAUGACAACUCGUUUUCAAAGGCCGAAAGACGCGGGAAGCCGUUUUGGGAAAAGCCCCUUCGAAACCCUACCCAUGUUGAACCAGACGGAAAGCGUUACAGUGUGAAUUAUAAUCACGUAACCUACAUGCGCUGGAGUUUCGAAUUCCGAAUGUCCAGUGCGUAUGGACCACAACUCUAUGACAUCCGGUAUGAUGAUCAACGAAUUAUAUAUGAGGUUGGCUUCCAAGAGUUGUGUGUGUUCUAUUCUUCUAAUAAUCCAGCACAAAUGUUCGCGGACUUUUUCGAUUCUUCUGAUGUUAUUGGCCCAAAAGCUAGCCCCCUCGUUCCUGGAGUAGACUGUCCGUCCCACGCCACAUUUAUGGAUGCCUCCUUCCUCACGGAGGGGUCUGACGAACCGUUCACAACGAGAAAUGUGUUUUGUAUAUUUGAACUGAACACAGGAGACCCACAUCGCCGACAUUAUAAUUACGAGCCCCUUAGUCAGACAUCGUACGAGGGAAUGGAGAGUAUUCUUCUCGUCUUUAGGACAAUCCUCACAGUCAUGAAUUACGAUUAUGUAAUCGACUUCCGAUUUUUCCAAAAUGGUGCCUUCCAGGUUCGAGUUGUCUCUACUGGUUUUAUUUCAACUAGUUAUUAUAGACCGGAAGAGGAUCCAUAUGGGUAUCGUCUACACGACUUUAUCAUCGGAAGUCUUCACCAGCAUCUAGUACAUUUCAAAGUCGACCUGGAUGUCAUGGGUACCAGUAAUCGUUUUGAAACUCUGAAUAUUGAACCAGAAUCGGUAGAUAAUAUUUGGUCGAAGGUCGAAGGACAAAAAUAUCACCAAACAAAAUUUAGUCAUAAUUUGAAGUCAGAUGAACUAAGCGCUGCAUACAAAUAUGAUUUUAAUUCGCCAAAAUAUCUCACAUUUUAUAACAACAGAUCUACGAAUAAAUACGGCAUACCCAGAUCGUAUCGCAUGUUGCCACGUGGAAUGAUCAAGUCACUGGUAGCGGAGGGAUACGGUAAUGAGCCUUCCAUGUCCUGGUCGCGCUAUCAGAUGGCAGUGACUCGCCGGAAAGACACGGAAGCAUUCAGCAGCUCACAGUAUGCCGCACUUGACACAGCAGAACCUGUUGUAAAUUUUCAAGACUUUUUAGACGAUAACGAAUCCAUUGUUGACGAGGAUCUCGUUGCGUGGUUGACCCUUGGGAUGCACCAUAUCCCCCACACGGAGGACCUCCCAGUCACCCCGACCCCCGGGAUGGAUGUUGGUUUCCUCCUUCUUCCAUUUAACUAUUUCCCAGAGGACGCUGCUAUAGCAGCAAGAAACGCCAUCAGGAUAGAGCCGAGGGACCGAACAAACAAGGGGGCCGGCUUGAAAGUGGAGCGGUAUGGUGUUAAAGAGCAAUUUACAUGCCGUUCCACGGAUAAUUCAUUCUGGCGCGACAUAGCGCGUGACUCUGCAAUUCUUUUCGAAGCGGACAACACCUGACACGCAUAUGGAAUAAGACUAAUGUUACGUACCUUAGUAUUGUCUCGUUAAUUCACUAAUGUUCAGAAAUAAAUCCACAAGUGUACCAGUUAUAUGUUAAUAUCAUAGAAAUAAAUCUUCUUACGAUCUGUAAGUUUUAUUAAGAUGUUCUAAAGGGAAAUAUUUCUUAACUUUUUGUUGAUAAAAGAACAGAUAUAUUACAAUGUUAAAGAAAAGACAAUAAAUAGAUGUAACAAUUAAGAAACAGUAAAGCGUCGAUCGGGAACCAAAUAAACGUGAAAUCUUCAAUGUCAAAUAGAGUGUAGAAUUUUAUAGGUCGAAAUAUAUGCCCUGAAAACCAAAGUAUUGAGAAGUACGCGUCAAAGUUCCCCCUUCACCUUCAGAAAAGUAUAUGAUAGAACAUGUCAAAGUUUCCCUUUACUUCCAGCAAGGUCAAAAGGGUGUCCUUUUUGACCACCAGAACAGUAAAGGUCACGUUUAUAACACGUCAAAAUGUAUCCUUUCAUCUUCAUUCAAGUACAGGCCUGACAAAGGGUUCCAUUCAUCUUCAUCAAAGUAUAGGGCUGUGAAAGGGACUUCCUUCAUCUUCAUUCAAGUAUAGGACUAUCAAAGGGUAUCUCUUCAUCUUCAUCUUAGCAAAUGGCUGUGAAAGGGACUCCCUUUAUCUUGAUCAAAGGAUAGGGCUGUCGAAGAGUCUUCCUUCAUCUUCAUCCAAAUAUAGGGCUGUUAAGGUGUCCCCAUUUACAUUCAUUCAACUAUUGGACUGUUAAAGGGUCUCCCGUCAUCUUCAUCCAAGUAAAGGGCUGUGAAAGAGUCUCUCUUCAUCUUUAACCAAGUAUAGUGCUGUCAAAAUGAUGUCCACAUUUUACCUUCAGAACAAAAUCAUUGGUCAAGGUUUUUUUUAACACAUAUCCAAGUGUGCUCUUCACCUUCAGCAAGGUAUCGGACACGUUUGUGACACAUGCCGAAGUUUUCCCCUUCACCUUCAGAAAAGUAUAAAAUGUCUCGCUUCUUCUUCAGAAACGCAAAAGACAAGUUUGUAGGUAUGCUAUUACUGGUUAUUGUGAUGUUAAAUGUUCAUUCUGAGAUUUAUUCAUUCAAGACAUCGUGCAUUUCAACAAAUAUUUCGGAAACCGAGCUUGAGUGUUGAGCAAGCCUAACAGUUAUGUAGUUUACGUUUGUCAGUGUGUUUACACGAAAUCUCAUCAGUUUACUGACAUGAGACAAAUGUUCCAAGAUGAUUUUUAAAUUUUUGUGUUUGGAAUAAAUAUAUUUGUAAUAAAGGUAAGUGGAAUGAAAAGAAAAUUUAUGUUCUGUUCCGUACCGAAUGACACCCAACUAAAAGGGAAGCUGCCUAACAGUUACGUUAGAUGGUGCCACCGUUUCAUUCAAAUGACUACGAUUUAGAGACAGCGAUUUAACCAUUUUGUAUUACAUUUGUUCAUUGUUUUGAUAAAUCAUUCAUUGCUAUCAGGAUCCACUGCA